CAGCCGGACGCGGAAACGCUGAUUGUUAGUUCCGUCCGUUCUAUUUUUAGUAACACUCGACUACCUAUAUUUAGCGUCGAAAGACUUGGAGUGGCGCAUGCGUAUUGAGAGUGAGCGAAGUUGUCCGGAUAAGAUUACGGAAAAUUACUGCGAAUCGUUAGGGUGGGUGAUCCUUGGGACGGGAAGAACCUGCGACGAGAAGUCUGAGGGGCCAGUGGCGGAGCUAGUCGAGUCGAGGGAGCCGGAGAGACAACACUACAACCUGUGGGUACACAUACACAGAAAGUGUUGAGAAAUGGCAAGCAUCAGGAAGAAGUUAGUCAUCGUCGGAGACGGAGCGUGCGGGAAGACCUGUCUCCUCAUUGUGUUCUCCAAGGAUCAAUUCCCCGAGGUGUACGUACCCACCGUGUUCGAGAACUACGUGGCGGACAUCGAGGUGGACGGAAAAUGUGUGGAACUGGCUCUCUGGGAUACCGCAGGCCAGGAAGACUACGAUCGCCUGCGUCCCCUCUCUUACCCCGACACAGACGUCAUUCUCAUGUGUUUCUCCAUCGAUAGUCCCGAUAGCCUCGAGAACAUCCCCGAGAAAUGGACGCCGGAGGUCCGGCAUUUCUGCCCCACCGUGCCCAUCGUCCUCGUCGGGAACAAGAAAGAUCUUCGCUACGACGACCAGAUGCGCCGGGAGUUAGCCAAGGCGAAGCAGGAGCCCGUCAAGACGGAAGACGGACGAGCAAUGGCGGAAAAGAUCGGCGCCUUUGCCUACCUCGAGUGUUCUGCGAAGCUCAACGAGGGUGUUAGAGAGGUUUUCGAGACGGCGACGCGAGCGGCGCUCCAGACAAAGAAAAAGCGGGGGAAAUUCUGCAGCAUUCUCUGAGAAGAAGCAGCAUCUUGCCACCUCACCUAAGUUUUCCCCCGAGCUCGAUAUAUACUCUUUGGACGUUUCGCACGCCUCUGUCUGUAAAUUUAAUCUACUAUUUUAUGAUUGUAUGCACUUAACGAUGUAGUUUAAAACAGAAUCCAGACUGUGUAGGUUCUCCGUUGCUAAAUAUAGCGUGCUUGUGCUAAAGAUAUCUUGGCCCAUAGUUCUAUAUAAUGCACAUGCAUGCACUGUACACAACUGAGUCAGUGGUUCUUUGCCGUAAUGACACAUGUACGGUUCCUUUGAAUUGUGUAUUCUUGUACACGCUUACAAUCUCAUCAUGAAUUUUUUUAAUAGAACCAGUUUCCACCGAGACGUUUGUUAUUGCUUGCAUUAUCAUCUUGGGAGUUUUGAUUGUUGUUCGUGUACAUUUUGCUAUGUUUUGGAAACACAGUAUAUUGGUGUGUUUCUUUGGGGUCC